UGCGGCGAAUGACGGCAGGUUUCAUGGGCAUGGCGGUGGCCAUCAUCCUGUUCGGUUGGAUCAUCGGCGUGCUAGGCUGCUGCUGGGACCGAGGCCUCAUGCAGUAUGUGGCUGGCCUUCUCUUCCUCAUGGGAGGAACCUUCUGCAUCAUCUCCCUCUGUACCUGCGUUGCCGGCAUCAACUUCGAGCUUUCUCGUUACCCAAGGUACCUGUACGGCCUGCCUGAUGACAUCGGCCACGGCUAUGGCUGGUCCAUGUUCUGCGCCUGGGGUGGUCUCGGCCUCACCCUCAUUGCCGGUUUCUUCUGCACCCUGGCUCCCUCUGUCCAGCCGAUACCCCGAUCCUCCUGCCCCAAGUCCCGACAGGAGAAUGGCACUGUCUGCUAAAGGUGGUAGCUGUGAGAAGACCAACUGAUACCACAGAUCAACAACCAACAAACAGAAAAACUGCUCCAUGUGUUCAUCCGUCCACUCAUCUCCACUCUCUCCUGGUUACAGAUUCUUUUUUUAAUUUGUGUGUGUUUAAAAAUGGGUGUCUUGAUGAUCUGCUAUAUUGAAAAUAACAGAAAAAAACUGAAGAACUUAAGAAAUAUUAUCAAAAAUAUGAAGUUGUGCUUGUUUUGUUGUUGUGGAGCAGACACUGAACUGGACAUGACUAAGAAAGAUUGCAAAGGAAAUAAGCGGAGACACUGAAAGACUACAUUUCGGAUAGUGAGUAAUCGCAGCAAAAGACUGGCUCUAAACCUCUAAAAGUGAUGCACAGUGGUCUUCAGCCUGGGAACUGCUCUAUGAACUGUGACUGUGGAGUAAUCAGUGAAGCAGCAGUAUUAAAGGGUAAAAGUUUGACUGUUAAGAUCAGGACAAGAUCUUGUGGAAGUUUCUAUGGACUUGGCCUCUUGAAUCCCCUGUGGGACAAUUCUCCAGGGAAUGGACCAGACAUGAAACCAUGUGACUUGCUAGGCUGGGAUCAUGUUGACUUUCAGUAUUUCAGCUUCUGAGAUCCCUCCAGUUACUUGGGACAUACGGGCAGAAAGGAGAUCCAGGACCUCCACUGUUGUACAUUACUGUACAGAAUAUUCCAGAGAAGUGACAACCAGGAACUGUCAUGUUGGACCAUUUUCAUUCUCAUGUAGGUGCAUUCCAUUCUGUCUGAUGAUCCCAUAUCUAGCAUUUUAUACAUGCAUUCCUCUUUUAUUCAAAGUGUGUUUUCCUUUUUACUGAAGAAACGCCCUUCAUGUUGUGAACGAACUGUCGACCGAGCGUACAUUCAGAGCAAUUGUUGUGUUUGUUUGAUUUUUUCCAUUCUAGUCAUAGAGGUAAAUGUG